AUGAUUAUUAUUUUUAAACAUAAAAAUACUGAAUUAAAUGAUAAUUAUGAUGAAACAUAUUUUGAAAUAAUAGAAUAUGAAAAUGAAAUAGAUAUAAAAAUAUAUUUGGUAGAAAAUGCUCAAGAUUUUUAUAUGAUAUGGACUAAAAAUAAGACUAUGAGAUUACAAUUGGCAGAAUUUAACUUUAAUAAGCACACAAUCAUGCAAGAAAAAGAUACUCAAAGCUAUUUAAUCUCAUUGUCAACUAAAGCAGGCGACAUUGUAGAUAGAAUCUUACACCAUAUGAAUAAUUACAAACACAAUAAAUGCGAGAUAUAA